UGAAAACAUCUUAAGAAAAUGUAGAUGUUUUUGGACAAAUCCGGUCCAUAAUUGCUCGUAUCUUCCAUAGACUGUUGCGACAAGUUACACCAUUUUAAAGCUUUUAAUUUAAGACAAGCCUUUUUAAUUCCCGGUAACUUGACGCAGCGAAAUAUCCGACCGAAACGUACUGUGUGGCACGGCUGUGACGUCACGACGCGUUGACGCAGCAGCAGCGCUGGCUGUGGAGCUUCCCUGACAGAAAUUUACUUCCAAUUAUUUUUGAAGCUUUUCUAUCGCAGUGCGAAUGACAGUCCGAGAGGGACAGAGGCACAGUUCAUGUAGUGUAAACCGUCGAAGAACCGACUCCAUGGAGGUUAUGGAGAGCCCGCUCAAUCUCGCUCAUCAACAGUGGAGGAAGGCAGACCGUUUGCUGGCAGCUGGAAAGUAUGAGGAGGCCAUCUCCUGCCAUAGAAAAGCAGCAGAUCUUUUGACGGAUGCAAUGAAGACAACAGAGUGUGAGCAGGCUCGUCUGUCCAUAGAGCUGCAGAGGGACAGUCAUAUCAAACAGCAGCGACUGAUCCAAGAGCGCUGGAAGAGAGAGGCUCGUCGAGAGGCAACAAAGGCCCGGCCUGGCGUGGUCCAGCCCUCCAGUGAUCCCCUCCUUACCCAAACCCAGUCCACAGGCCAGCUCCAGCCUCAGGGUUCCAAGGGCCUCUCAGAUGCAGGGUGUGGAGGGAUCAGGGAGAGAGAGUACGACACCUGGAUCUACCAGCUUCAGACACGCCAGACUGGAGGCUGCCAGCCUUUGACUCCACCGUGUCCUGGAUCUAAGACCACCAAAGACGACAAAACUCGCCUGGAAGAACGACAGACCACCAUCGAGGACCUGCGGCGCCUGGUUGACCACCUGAUGGACGAAAACCAGCGGCUGGUGGCUGACAACGAGCGGCUACAAUUAGAAAACGCCCGGCUGCGCUCCGAGGCAGCAGAGGCAGCAGACUUUGUCGAGCGUUCAGAGCUCUGGGUUCUCCCGCAGGCAGGUGGUGCUAUGGGAACAGGGGGUGGGCAGGAGAGGAAGAGCACAGGGAAGGGGAAGGAGAUCGCAAUCCCUCAACUGCCACCGCUGGAGAUGCCAGCUCAGGAAGACCUGUGUCUGGAUGACCUGCCUCCUCUGGAGCUGCCAGAGGACAUCCAGAAUGAACUACAGGAGCUACUGGACAGGGAAAAACUGUGAUCAGAGACAUGUCUCACACAUACAUACACACACACAUAUACACACACACACACAUACAGGGUUCAGCCAAUACACCUUUUAAAUUUGGAUGCCAAAGUGUUGAAUAUGUGAAACCCACAGGCUCUGUCUGAUCAGACCUCUGCUCAGGGUUAUCAUGGAUCCUCCAUGAGCUCUCUGCACUAAUGACAACACAACAGAGGCAGUCUUAUACAGUCUAGAGAAGCGAUCAGUGCAGACUGUGAUAACACCUUUACCACUAAUACAAUGCCAUCUACGUCAGGGGUGAAGGAACAGUUCACUCACAAAGAAUGUCAGUUUGUAUGUCAGUGUGCCACACAGUGAGCUCUGGAUCAGGCAACAUUUAAAACCUGCAGCACUCAAGAUCCACUUACCAGCUUUUUCCAGACUUUUUAAAUACAGCUCACUGUUUUCCUCUGCAUUUUCAUGCAUAGCAGUCAAGUCCCACAUUUGGGUACACUGAGAAAAGACUGCAGGAUGCAGUUGAUAGGCGAGUAGGUGGAUGUUGAUGUUGGGACACGGUUUGUGGAAAUGGACAUUAUAUCACUCUGAUCCACGUAGGCAGCAAACUGUUCUGAAGCCAGAUGAUUUUCUUUAGAAGUCAGAUAUUUCCAUGAUAUUUGCACUUUGUUUUAAUGUAAGUGACGAUGUAUGAUCAUUUAAAAAGCUACAGAGGAAUUACUGUGUCAAGCAGAAACACUGGAGAAGACAGAUUAGUGUGAAAUGUUAAUUAGUUCACUAUUUAAUUUAGUAAAUAUUCAGUAAGUAUUAGGUUGUUUCAUCAUUCAAAUGUCCAUGUGAAACAAAAAUAUUUCUGUCUGAACAUUUUUCUUUGUUUAAAAUCAUUCGAGCUGAUUAGAAUUAUUGUUCUUCCAAGAAGAUAACAGGUGAUCGUGUGACUUUUUGUAAAAUAGUUCAGUUUCCCAGCAGCCUCACUUCAACGUUGAAAAAACGUUGAAGCAGCAGCAUCGCUCUCACUGACAUACAAACUGUGUCCUCUCAGAUGAGAGUGAGUGCAUCGUGGCCAAAUGGAGAAUUUGUGGAUGAACUGUUCUGUAGGGCAUCAUGGGAAGUGAAGCAACUUGACUGCCUACUAACCAUGUCAGAGGUGUUGGUCUAACCCUGGCAUGCACACACACACACACACACACACACACACAUACGUAUAGAGAGGAUCAUGUGCAGUGUGAUUCAGAACAUAUUGCUGUUGUUGAGGAAAAACCACAUGGCUGCAUUUUUUAUUUUCUGUUAGCAUACUUGAAUUAAAGGCUUCAAUGAUCA